AUUGUUCUCCAGAAACCCUUGCAGUCGGAGGGCCGCCGCGGCGCGCGAACGAGCGAACCACCACCGCCACCACCACCACCUCCUCCUCCACCUUCGGCGAUGGCGGACACUUUGGUCCUCCGCGGCACGUUGCGCGGCCACUCAGACAUGGUGACGGCGAUCGCCGCACCGAUCGACAACUCCGAUAUGAUAGUCUCCUCGUCCCGGGACAAGUCCAUCCUCGUGUGGAACCUCACCAAGGACGCCCCCCUUUCCGCCGAGGGCGCCGCUGCCUCCUCCUACGGCGUCCCCCGCCGUCGUCUCACCGGCCAUUCCCACUUCGUCGAGGACGUGGUCCUCUCCUCCGACGGCCAGUUCGCCCUCUCCGGCGCCUGGGAUGGUGAGCUCCGCCUCUGGGACCUUAACACCGGCAUCACGACUCGCCGCUUCGUCGGCCACACUAAGGACGUCCUCUCCGUCGCCUUUUCCAUUGACAACCGCCAGAUAGUCUCCGCCUCCCGCGAUCGUACCAUCAGGCUCUGGAACACUCUCGGCGAGUGCAAGUACACCAUACAGGACGCCGACGCCCACACGAAUUGGGUCAGCUGCGUUCGCUUCAGCCCCAAUGCCUACCAGCCAACCAUCGUCUCCGCCUCCUGGGACCGCACCGUCAAGGUCUGGAACCUCACCAACUGCAAGCUCCGCUGCACCCUCACCGGCCACGGCGGCUACGUCAACGCCGUUGCCGUCAGCCCCGACGGGUCCCUCUGCGCCAGCGGCGGGAAGGACGGGGUCACCCUGCUCUGGGAUCUCGCCGAGGGGAAGCGGCUUUACUCGCUGGAUGCCGGGGCCAUCAUCCAUUCUCUGUGCUUCAGCCCCAACAGGUACUGGCUCUGCGCCGCCACGCAGGACAGCGUCAAGAUCUGGGACCUCGAGAGCAAGUCCAUCGUGCAGGAUCUCAAGCCCGAGACGCCCAUCAGCAAGAACCAGAUGCUGUACUGUACAAGUUUGAGUUGGAGCGCUGAUGGAAGCACCUUGUUUACUGGUUACACUGAUGGUACCAUCAGAGUCUGGGAAAUCACUCGUUAUUAGAGAUGGGCACCUAGGUGGAAGUCUCUUUUUUUGCAACAUCUUUUAAUUUUUCCAGAUGAACAUGUGGUAUCAAUUUCAUAUUUAUUGUUGCAUUUUACCAGAUACAUGUUUGGAGAUUAAAUAUUUUCUUAUUGGAUUUAAAGGUUAUUCCAUAGCUUUUCUAAAGUAACCUCUGAAUGGACGGAUAUUCUCAUCUU